CAGUCUCCUCCAAUCACAACACUCAAAAUCCCCACUCUCUCAAUCCUCCUUCUGCCACGUGUCCUUCCUAAUCUCCACCCCUUUCUCUUCUUGUUUAAGCUCCUCGCUUUCUUCACGGUGUUUUUAAAUCCUGUCCGUUUCUCUUCACUCUGCCACACCACAAAACCUUCACAGUCCCGAAAAUAACCAAAAAAAAAAAAUGAAAAAAUGAAAAAUUUUGGGGGUUAAGUUAGGGUUUGAUUAAAAUUCUUUGUUGAAGGAAACAGAUAAAUCUGUUACAUUAAUGGCGUCAAUAUCUCUAUCAUUACAAAACAUUCAAUUUCUCUCUCCAAGAACGACUUCAAAGCACCUGUUUUAUCUCUCUAGAUGUUCUUCUUUCUCCACAGUUUCUCUCGCCGGAAAUAGCCAUUUGAGGAACGUCGUCGUUUUGCGUUCUGGGAUUCGAGCUCUUAAAGAGGAAGGAGUUGCCUAUGAGGAAUGGGAGCAAGAAUAUAUCAAGGAAUUGAAUGGAAAUGGUACUGCAAGUAAGUAUGAUUAUGAUAAUGGAUCAGUUAAGGGAUUUACCAACGGUGGGGUUGGAUUGGUGGAGAGUGAAAGCAAUGGGAGCUUGGUUAAGUAUGUGAACGGGAAUGGGAAUGGGACUGCGGCGGCGGCGACAGCGACGGCGGCGGAGGUGGUGGUGGUGGAAGAAGAAGGAGUUGAUUCGGAGGAGGUGAGGAAGAAGAGGGUAGAAGAGAUUGGGAAAGAGGAGGCUUGGUUCAAGAGCAGCACCCAAGAACAGGUCGAGGUUUCUGUUGCUUCUGGGGGGCGUUGGAAUAGAUUUAAAACCUACUCAACAAUACAAAGGACCUUGGAAAUAUGGGGAUUUGUUAUAACUUUUAUAUUUAAGGCAUGGUUGAACAAUCAGAAAUUCUCCUAUCGAGGAGGAAUGACUGAGGAAAAGAAAGUUCUAAGGAGGAAGGCCUUGGCAAAGUGGUUGAAGGAAAGUAUCUUGAGACUGGGCCCUACUUUCAUCAAAAUUGGCCAGCAGUUUUCCACAAGGGUUGACAUUCUUGCUCAAGAAUAUGUUGAUCAGUUGUCAGAGCUACAGGAUCAAGUUCCACCUUUUCCAUCGGCGACUGCACUAUCUAUUGUUGAAGAAGAGCUUGGAGGCCCUGUAGAUGAUAUCUUCGAUCGGUUUGACUAUGAACCCAUUGCUGCUGCUAGUCUUGGCCAAGUCCAUCGGGCAAGAUUGAAGGGCCAAGAAGUUGUUAUCAAAGUACAAAGGCCUGGUUUAAAGGAUCUCUUUGAUAUUGAUCUUAAAAACCUGAGGGUGAUAGCUGAAUAUCUUCAAAAGAUUGACCCAAAGUCAGAUGGUGCAAAGAGAGACUGGGUUGCAAUUUAUGAUGAAUGUGCAAGUGUGUUGUAUCAGGAAAUUGAUUACGCCAAGGAGGCUGCUAACGCCGAAUUGUUUGCCACUAACUUCAAAGAAAUGGAUUAUGUGAAAGUUCCGACAAUAUACUGGGAAUACACCACACCACAGGUCCUGACAAUGGAGUAUGUACCAGGAAUCAAAAUAAACAAGAUUCAAGCCUUAGAUCAAUUGGGAGUUGAUCGAAAAAGAUUGGGCAGAUACGCUGUUGAAUCUUACUUGGAACAAAUUCUAUCUCAUGGUUUCUUCCAUGCUGAUCCACAUCCAGGAAAUAUUGCUGUUGAUGAUGUUAAUGGUGGACGGUUGAUCUUCUAUGACUUUGGGAUGAUGGGAAGUAUCAGUUCAAACAUCAGAGAAGGUUUGUUGGAAGCAUUCUAUGGAGUUUAUGAGAAGGAUCCAGAUAAGGUCCUUCAAGCAAUGAUUCAGAUGGGUGUUCUUGUACCUACUGGAGACAUGACAGCUGUCAGACGGACAGCACAAUUCUUCCUUAACAGUUUUGAAGAGCGGCUUGCUGCUCAACGAAGGGAGAGAGAAAUGGCAACAACAGAACUUGGAUUUAAGAAGCCAUUGACCAAGGAGGAAAAGAUAGAGAAAAAAAAGCAACGCCUGGCUGCAAUCGGGGAAGAUUUAUUAGCCAUUGCGGCAGAUCAACCCUUUCGAUUCCCUGCCACAUUCACUUUUGUUGUUAGAGCAUUUUCAGUAUUAGAUGGCAUUGGGAAGGGCCUUGAUCCUCGUUUUGAUAUUACUGAGAUUGCAAAACCCUAUGCACUGGAGUUGUUAAGAUUUCGUGAAGCUGGAGUUGAAGUUAUAUUGAAGGACUUCAAAAAGAGAUGGGACAAGCAGUCCCGUGCUUUUUCCAACUUAUUUAGGCAGGCUGAUAGGGUCCAGAAGCUUGCUGAAACCAUCCAAAGAUUGGAGCAAGGUGAUCUGAAGCUUAGAGUACGAACUCUUGAGUCUGAAAGGGCUUUCCAACGUGUUGCUGCUGUUCAGAAGACAUUAGGGAGUGCAGUAGCUGCUGGAAGCCUUAUCAACCUUGCAACAAUUUUGUACCUCAAUUCUGUACGAGUGCCAGCUGUAGCUGCAUAUAUCUUCUGUGCAUUUUUCAGUUUUCAAGUGCUUAUCGGUAUUAUAAAGGUAAAAAAAUUAGACCAGAGAGAAAGGUUGAUAACAGGAACUACUUGAGAAAUUGCUUUGGAGAUCAAACUCAAAUGAAGCUUUGACAACAAAUCAAUUUCCAGCCAGCAGAAACAAAGUGAGAAGCACAGAUGCUAUACAGUUUGUUUCUCAAUUUCAACGUAAAUGAAACCCCCACCUUAGUAAAUUAGUCAUGAGGAUGUGUAACUUCUGUGCACUUGGGAUGGACUUCUUAAAGCUCACAAAGAUCUUGGUGACAUUGUUCUAGGGUUGUAAUUGUUCUAGCCAAACCCUGAUUGUGGUCUCAAGUGUCCCUGACAUUCCCCAGUCUCGAGGUUGUAUCCUUUCCUGUUUCUUCGGCUGGCUUAUCAUUAUAGCAAGUCUUUUAGCCAUAGCAUAGAGUAAUUCUUGCAACAAUAUAAUGGUCAGUGUUAGCAUAAUGUAGCUUCCCGUCAUAAUUUAAUAGGGUGCACGUCUAUAAGCUGUGUAUAAUAUUGUAACAUACGGGAAAUGUUUAAUCUUAUAUGCCAGGCACUGACUGCAAACUCAAUUAUGGUUCGUCUUUUGGAAACUCAACAGGUGUUGAUUGUCGCUUGAAUCUAGUCCUCGUAUGACUACAUGUAGUUCUCUCAUUUUUUCUCGGCUAAAAGGUAUAA